UGCAGGUGGAGCGGCUCGGCCAGGACCGUUCACAUCUGUCUUGAAGGAGAGAGGGGGGGAAGAAAACCUGCGUUCGGGUCUGUUCAACGCUCUGGAUAAAAAUUGAACAGAAAAUAAGCGUAGAAGCCUGAACUACGUCCAGACUAUACCCAGGGAUAUUUACAAACCUCCCCAAGUCUGGAGAAUAAUAUCGAAGGGAUUGCCGCAAAAUACAAAUUGCCAGCAUGGAACCCGUACCUGCGUAAAUCUUUGUGUUCUGUGAGUUUACGGAGAAGAAUGGCAUUAAACUGAAAACGAUGAGCACAUCAAAUGCUCAAGCAGACACCAGCAGGCUCUGAUACCCGUCUACUAUAUAGCUCCCUUCCUCUUUUUGCUCAUUUUCUUCUACUUGCUCUCCUCCUGAAGAAAGAUCACAAUCUUCCCCCCACCCCACCCCCAAGCUUUUGGCAGCAGCUCAAAUUUCCUGGAAAUUGCUCCGAGAUCUGGAUUUGAGAGAGGAACAUUCUAUUUUUGGUCCAGGAUAGACAAAGAGGCUUUUGAAGAAACAACUGUGUUGAAAUUAUCAUAUUCCCCCUCUUUUAUUCUCCCCCUGUUCCUCAGUCCCAGAGGCACCAACUGAUGGAGAGACGAAGGAGAGAGUCAGGAUAAGGAGAAGAAUUAUAACGCUAGAGAGAGGAGAAAAAAGUGCUUAUUGGUCAGGCAAAUUGUAGUAGAGCACCUGUGAGGAUUGCUUACCCAUUGACUUUUAUAAUUCAGUACUAUAUGAUACUUCUUGUUUAUAUUCCUGUUGAUAUUACAGUCUUUUUUCCUCAGUGAAGAGAGAGCUGUUGCUCAUUAGACCUACAGCAUUAAGAAAGAAGGGGGACACAUCAAAACUUUGAGCAUGACAAGGGGGUUAAGAAUCCUGUAUUUGCCCGUGUGGCCUUUGGCCCUCUUCAGCCUGCUCACUACAGUGAAUAUGUUGGAAUUCAGUGGGGCGCCUGGCCAGUGGGCACGUUAUGGGCGCUGGGAAGCUGGAUCGGUGGGUGAGCUGAGCUUCAGUCUCAAGACCAACAUCAGCAAAGCCUUGGUACUCUACCUGGAUGAUGGCGGUAAUUGCGACUUCUUGGAGCUGUUGAUUGCCGGUGGGCGCCUCCAGUUGCGCUUUGCCAUCCACUGUGCGGAGCCAGCCACCGUACACAUGGAGAUACGGGUGAAUGACGACCGCUGGCACAUGGUCUUGCUUACCCGCAACUUCCGUGAGACCAUGCUAAUGGUAGAUGGGGAAACAAAAGUGGCGGAGGUCAAGUCAAAGAGGAGGGAAAUGGCUGUGGUCAGUGACCUGUUUGUAGGUGGGAUACCACCUGACGUGCGACUGUCUGCACUGACAUCCAGCACAGUGAAGUAUGAACCACUCUUCCAGGGCUUGAUCUCCAAUCUGAAGGUGGGAGAGAUGCCUCCUACUUUGCUCAAUAGCCAGGGUAUUCAGAGCGACCUGGAGUACCUCUGCACCAAACAGAACCCAUGCUUCAAUGGAGGGUUUUGUUCUAUUCAGUAUGGAGAAGUUCACUGUGACUGCACCCACACUCGCUUCAAGGGAAAGUACUGCAAGGAAGCUGAAGAGUAUGCUGUUGAAGGUCUGGCGCACCUGACGUUAAACGACCAAGGUGAUUCAUCGCAAGUUGGCAAGGAAGAGUCAGUAGCCACCUUCAAGGGCAACGAGUUCUUCUGCUACGACCUGUCCAUGACACCCAUCCAGAGCAGCACCGACGAGAUCACGCUUUCCUUCCGAACGCUGCAGCGCAACGGGCUCAUGCUGCACACUGGCAAGUCGGCUGACUAUGUAAAUCUUUCCUUGAAGAGCGGCGCGGUUUGGCUAGUCAUCAACCUGGGCUCGGGGGCCUUUGAGGCUCUGGUGGAGCCUGUCAACGGCAAGUUCAAUGACAACGCCUGGCAUGAUGUGCGCGUCACCCGCAACCUGCGCCAGCACGCAGGCAUUGGACACGCUAUGGUAAACAAACUGCAUUAUAUGGUGACCAUCUCAGUUGAUGGUAUUUUGACCACCACUGGUUACACCCAGGAAGAUUACACUAUGUUGGGCUCUGAUGACUUCUUCUACAUUGGAGGUAGUCCAAACACUGCAGACCUGCCUGGAUCUCCAGUCAGCAACAACUUCAUGGGCUGCCUGAAAGACGUGGUGUACAAGAACAACGACUUUAAGCUGGAGCUGUCACGGCUGGCCAUCGAGCGUGACCCGAAAAUCACCCUGAAUGGUGACCUGGUGUUCCGCUGUGAGGAUGUAGCAGCCCUGGAUCCUGUAACUUUUGAGACCCCCGAGUCCUACAUCUCUCUGCCAAAGUGGAACACCAAGAAGACGGGCUCUAUCUCUUUUGACUUCCGGACCACAGAGCCCAGCGGCCUUCUGUUAUUCAGCCACGGACGGCCUCAGGGGCCUAAAGAGCAGAAGCCUGGUAGGGAGCUGAAGACUGAUUACUUUGCCAUGGAGCUUCUGGAUGGGUAUUUGUACCUGCUGAUUGAUAUGGGCUCCGGAAAAACAAAGCUCAAGGCCAGCAACAAGAAGGUCAACGAUGGGGAAUGGUGCCAUGUGGAUUUCCAAAGAGAAGGAAGGAAAGGAUCAAUCUCAGUCAACAGCCGCAGCCUGCCCUUCAGCUCCCCAGAGGGCAGUGAAAUCCUGGACCUGGACACUGAUAUGUACUUGGGCGGGCUGCCCGAAUCGAAGUCAGAUCUCAUCCUGCCGCCAGAAGUUUGGACAGCGCUCCUUAACUACGGCUACGUAGGCUGCGUCCGUGACCUAUUCAUCGAUGGCAAGAGCCGGGAUGUCCGCCGGCUGGCUGAGAUCCAGAGUGCCCUGGGUGUCAGCAGUUUCUGCACCCGUGAGCUACAGAAACGCUGCAGCAGUGCCCCCUGUGGCAACGGAGGUCUUUGCAAAGAGGGCUGGAACCGGUACAUUUGUGAUUGCACUGGCACCGGAUACCUUGGUACCAACUGUGAGAUAGAGGCAACGGUGCUGAGUUACGACGGCAGCAUGUACCUGAAGAUCAUCAUGCCGGUCACCAUGCACACGGAGGCCGAAGACGUGGCGCUGCGCUUCAUGUCUCAGCGAGCGUACGGCCUGCUCAUGGCCACCACCUCCAAGGAGUCAGCGGACACCCUGCGACUGGAGCUGGACGGAGGCCGCGUCAAGCUCACCGUUAACCUCGAUUGUAUCAGGAUAGACUGUAGCCUCAGCAAAGGACCCGAGACACUGUUCGCGGGGCAGAAGCUGAACGAUAACGAGUGGCACAUGGUGAAGGUGGUGCGGAGAGGCAAGAACCUACAGCUGUCUGUGGAUAACGUCACAGUGGAAGGCCAGAUGACUGGUGCCCACACACAUCUUGAGUUCCACAACAUUGAGACGGGCAUCAUGACUGAGCGCCGCUUCAUAUCCGUGGUCCCCUCAAACUUCAUUGGCCAUCUGCAGGGCCUGACCUUCAAUAGUGUGCCAUAUCUAGACCAGUGUAAAAACGGGGACAUCUCCUACUGCGAGCUGAAUGCCCGCUUUGGCAUGCGCCACAUCAUUGCGGAUCCGGUGACAUUUCGAACAAAAGGCAGCUACUUAGCAUUAGCGACGUUACAAGCGUAUGCCUCCAUGCACCUGUUCUUUCAGUUUAAAACCACCACGCCUGAUGGCCUGAUGCUCUUCAACUCCGGAGAUGGGAGCGACUUUAUAGUUGUGGAACUGGUAAAGGGGUACAUCCAUUACGUCUUUGAUCUCGGCAAUGGACCGUCGCUGAUGAAGGGCAACUCAGACAAACCACUCAACGACAACCAGUGGCACAAUGUGGUGGUGUCCCGGGAUGCCAACAAUGUACACACACUCAAGAUUGACUCACGCACCGUUACUCAGCACUCCAAUGGAGCGCGCAACCUGGACCUCAAAGGGGAGCUGUACAUCGGUGGCGUGACAAAGAGCAUGUACAGCAAUCUGCCCAAACUGAUUGCAUCUCGGGACGGGUACCAGGGCUGUCUGGCCUCUGUGGACCUGAAUGGGAGACUCCCUGACCUGAUCGCAGAUGCCCUCCACAGGGUGGGCCAGGUGGAACGAGGCUGCGAUGGACCCAGUACCACCUGUACGGAGGAGUCCUGCUACCAUCAGGGGGUGUGUCUCCAGCAAUGGGAGGGCUUCACCUGCGAUUGCAGCAUGACGUCCUAUGGAGGCUCAUUUUGCAACGACCCUGGGACAACAUACAUCUUCGGGCGAGGCGGAGCCCUCAUCACAUAUACCUGGCCACCCAAUGACCGGCCGAGCACACGGGCAGACCGGCUGGCAGUGGGCUUCAGCACACAGCUGAAGGAGGCUGUUCUGGUCAGGGUGGAGAGUGCCAGGGGACUGGGAGAUUACCUGGAGCUGCACAUAGAACGGGGAAAGGUCGGCGUGAUCUUCAACGUGGGAACAGACGAUAUAACCAUCGAGGAGAGCGCGGUGAUGGUGAGCGACGGCAAAUACCACGUGGUGCGAUUCACACGCAGUGGUGGAAACGCCACGCUACAGGUGGACAACCAGCCCGUCAUUGAACGUUUCCCCUCAGGGAACUUUGAUAAUGAGCGCCUGGCUAUUGCUAGACAAAGAAUCCCAUACCGACUUGGUCGGGUAGUUGACGAGUGGCUACUCGACAAAGGUCGCCAGCUGACCAUCUUCAACAGCCAAGCGUUCAUCAAAAUCGGUGGUGGAGAGAAAGGGCGCCACUUCCAGGGCCAGAUCUCAGGCCUGUACUACAACGGCCUGCAGGUCCUCAAACUAGCAGCCGAGGGCGACCCCAACGUCCAGACCCAGGGCAACCUGAGGCUGGUGGGUGACGUGCCCUCGGUGCUGACUACCGACACCACCUCCACCACCCCGCUGGCUGAUAUGUCCACCACAAUCAUGGAGACAACCACCACCAUGGCCACAACCACCACCCGCAAACAGCGCUCGCCAACCAUGAGGGACAGUGUGACACAGAAUUCAGACGACCUCCUGGUAGCAUCGGCUGAAUGUCCUAGCGAUGACGAAGAUUUGGAGGAGUGCGAGCCUGGAAAUGGAGGUGAAUUAGUGUUGCCCAUUAUUACAGUGGACUCCCUAGACCCCCCAUCUAUCGCCACCCACUACCCAGUAAUACCCCCGCCCCCCACCACUUACCGCCCUUUCCUCACCCUGCUUGAAACCACCAAAGAAUCCCUCCCCUUGCCCAACGGCCGGCCCCCUUGCCCCUUGGACCAGGAGGACUGCGAGGAGACCAUCGAGGUGUCGGCGUACGGCUCGGGGGAGAUGACCGAGUCAGAUGACGAGGACUAUUACAAAAAUUCCGCCCUGGUCACCGACAGGACUGUCCUCCCCCCUCCCCCGGCCGUCGAAGGUGGCGUCCAAAACCCCCGAGACCGCCAUUUCUCCCGCUUCCCCAACUCCCGCCCCCCUCUCUCCUCCACCCCCACAGCCAACCCCGACCAGCUGAACCCGCGCAUCAAGUCAGCCGGCGGCGGCAGCAGCAGUAGUAGCAACAACAUCCCUGCCGGGAAAAUGAACACCCGGGACCAAGUGCUGCUGCCGCCGGCCCAGCCCUCUUUGGAUCCAGGCCACCGUAGAGUCCCAGGUAUAACCUAUCCCCCAAAUUUCCCUCAUGUUCCCACUCCAGACCCCACGUCUCCAGAGAGAGGGCUCCCGGGUGCCGUGGAAGUGCAGCAGUCGAGCAGCACCACCGGGAUGGUGGUGGGCAUCGUGGCAGCCGCUGCCCUCUGCAUCCUCAUCUUGCUGUACGCCAUGUACAAGUACCGCAACCGCGAUGAGGGCUCCUAUCAGGUGGACCAGAGCCGUAACUACAUUAGCAACUCAGCCACACAGAGCAAUGGGGCCCUGGUGAAGGAGAAACAGCCCAGCACUGCCAAGACGGUCACCAAGAACAAGAAGAACAAAGACAAAGAGUACUACGUCUGAGGGAGUGCCGCCGUGACACACAGGGGCAGACAGCAGAGCACUUAGAAAAGGAAAGAGACGGCGGGGAGAAGGAGGGAGAGAAGGCAGUAUGUGGGAAAACUGCAAACACAUCACAGUGGCUAAUUCAUUUCAAACUUCAAGUAUUGUCAGGUGCUCAUACGUGUUACCAGUUCAUCUCGAAUCAGAGGGAGGCAGCAAAACGAGAUGGCACAGUGACAUCACAGCUCUCCUCACACAUUUCCACAUUGCUUUGAUUGAUUAGACUAAACUUCAGUUGCAUUUAGUGCUAAACACAGUGUGGAUUUAAGGAAAGGCUAUUACAUCUCUACACAUACCGUGCCAACAACCACGUAGCAAAUGCUGAUAAAGCAGUGAUUCAUGGGUUAGCAUUUGACAAGCUGCUUAAUAUCCAGAGUACUGUAGGAAAGCAUCGCCAUCAGUAUUUGUGUCAAGGCCUGUACUUGAUUCUGAGGAGAACCUGCGUCACCUUAGACAGUAUCAAACAUAUAUUUUUUUCCAACCAGGCUCGAAUUAGCAGAUCAAUAUACUGCCAGCUUAGAGAAACACUGUGUCAAAUCCAGCUCCUCCACCUCUGUAAGUGUUCGACACCUCCGAUCUCUCGCCUCUCAUCGGAUCUCUCUCUCUCCUUCUCGUUCACCCACGAACUCUGUUUCUCUCCUUGUCUACGGUGCCCAGCAGCCGAUGCAAUGUAAACUCUGCCGUGUUUCAAGCAUGUAGUAUUCAUUUACGAAAAAGAGAUAAACAGUUUUUCCUUUUUGUGGAGUUUAAAAAACGAAAAAAAAAAUAUGACGCCGAUGACUGACGAUCGUAACAACAUUAAAAGUAGCAACUACGUGAGAUGCCACCGCUCCAACCUAACGGAUGCUAAAUUGUACGUUUAGCCGCCAAAAACUCAUCGAGGCCAAAAAAAACACCCCUUUUGGUCGUCCUUUGUUCCAGCAGAUCUGUGUCAUGUGUAUCUGGGGCUCUGAGGUGCCCCCUAGUGGGCCAGCAGAGAAACUGUCACGUCCUUACAAGUUACUAAUCACCGGAAAAACAGAAAAAACCUCCAGCAAACAAGAUGAACUCUGUUCUAUAUAAUUAUAAAUAUAUGUAUAGACGUUGCAGAAACAUAUGGACCUAUGUGAACGAAUCGAAAAGUGCGUUUGCUGAGACGUGCACAGCAAAAGAUAGGAUUCUUGAACAGCUUCACCGUCCAACCCCCCCGCUCCUCAGACCCCUGCCUCCUCCUUCAUGAACAGUGCGGCUGAUGGAAUGCCUUGCUGCAAGACUCAGUCACUUUGGUUUGCUCUUUUCUUUUCUUUUUUUAAAUUUCUUUUCAUUUCUGGAGGAAUGAAAGACAUUUUAGGGAGAUUCUGAAUUCAUUCGUGUUGGAGUUCCACUGUGGAGAGAGAUACCUUGCAGCAGCUGAAAAAGAGCAACCGUGUCGUUCGCCCCUCUCUAGCCUGACUGGACUGACGGCAGCCCGCGGGCAAAGCGAACUUAAUGGGAAGAGCGCACAAAUAAAAGGAGAACAGCAGUUCCCUGGAAGAUGUACAACAGAACUCUAGUAUUCCAAUUUUCUCAAGUCUAUUAAGAAAAGAAAACUGUACCAUGAAAAGAAAAAUUCUGAAAAAAGUUUGUGAAAUGUCUAAAUAUUUGACUUUCAUCCCAUUACUAAGAGAAAUGUGUUUUCCCUACUAUCAUUCCUGUUUGGAGAAAAAAAAAUAACUAUGAUUCUGGGAAACUGAAAUUUCUAUGUAUUUUCUUUUGGUACCUGAGCAAAUAUGAUUUGGGUUAUGAACAUGAAACCAUGCAUUCUCCUUUUCCAGAGGAGAAAACGUCCUCUUUUAUCCUCCAUCUGUCAUCCUUAGCCUCUUUCUUUGUUCUUCAUGCAUUCCUUUUUCUCUGUAGAGAUCGUAUGUCCCCGUACCCUGUGAGGAAAGCAGGUUUUAUCCAUCCUCUGAUUUUUAUUUACUUUAAUUUCUUUUAUAUCUAUUUCUGUCUAUAUGGCGAGAGACGAGAUGGUAGUCAUUUCACUUGACGGGCUCCGUCGUUACUCUCUUCUGCCACGUUUGUCUGGUUUCUCUCUUUCUCCAUUCUGAGCAUACUCUCCCAGUAUCUUCCUGUUCUUUCUAAAUGUUAUUGUAAAGUGUUCCAGUGAGAUGACUCUAAAUAUGUGUACAUUAACAGAGGGAAUACACUUGGUUAUAUACUUCUUA